GUCGAAGUUUCUUGGUUAAGUGAAGCAAACCUGGAUUUAAAGUGUGCUUGUUGAGAGAUCAUCGUCUAGUAUCUCUUUCUCUUUCACCACCGCCAUCGGCCACCUUGUUUUCACUCAAACAGAGCGACAGGGCCAACAGGAAACAGUUAAGAGCAUUUUCAUCGCGAAAACGCAAAAUGGGUUUUGUGAAGAUAUUUAAACCUAUAAGGAGUUGUAGUUUUACAGGAGCGAGAAUCUUCAUAUAGCGGUUGUCUUUAGCUCUACAACAAGGCGCUAGUUGUAGUUGUGUAUUCUGAUUAGUCAUUGUUCGUGAAGAUUUUUCCGACAUUGACGGACGAGAUAAAGGAAGCUAAGAAUAACUUCAAUGAAGUUCUUGUUGUGAUCUACAUCUAGGUUUCGUAACUUUUUAACGCAGAAGUUCGACUAUUCAUCAAUUUCAGAACCUCGUUGCAAACCAUUAUCAAAGUAGAUUAAGACCUGAAUGUUUUAGCCCGCGCGCACAAAACGAAUUAUCGGAAAAAUAGCAUCUCGAUCUACCUGUAGUUUUUCGUUACAACUGUUUUUAAUCCCACCUUCUAUUAUAUUUUCCAAGAAAAAAGUGGUCGCCUCAUCGAGGGUCGUAACUUUUUUUCGCAUAAAAGAAUUGAUAGUUGUAUCGAAAAUCUAAAACAUAUCGGAUUUCGUGAAUUUUCAAAAGGACAUAAUUGAGUAGAUAGUUUGAUAUUGAUAUUUUUUCAGCCUGACUGAGUUGUGAGUUGUAUUUGAUAUGACUAGUUUUGUCUAACUUGGUUCAGCUUUUUUCCAUUUUUUCCUGCUGUUGACAGGGUAAUUGGCAGAAACAGGUCUUCUUAAUUGUCAUCAAAUAUUAGAAGAAAGCAAAGAAAUUCAGAGAGACAACAUACUUAAUCAGAAUAGAUAAAGCUCGUGCUCUACUAGUCUAAUAUUGAGAAGAAAAGCAUAUCACCACAAAAUGUCGGGUGGCAAGUGGACGUUCCUAAGUGGAGCGAGCAAAGACGAGGAGGCGUCGGUGUCCGAGCUCGACUCCUCGGGAUCGGAGGACAAUGCUGGAGACAUGUCUCCAGCCCACUCGGAGACGGAUAGUGAUGUGUCGGCCGUUGACCUCGGUGCGGACCUGCAGGAAUUGUUGUUGAAAAAGGAUGAUGGCGCGUUGGAAGAUGGUGUUAGAGUUAGCACGACUUCAGGAACUACUACGACAUCUUCCUCGUCUUCGUCCUCCACUUGGGGACCCCUGGCAGCAAAAGAAGCGCCAGCCAAGGUCGGGAUGUUCCGUUCUGUGAUGAACGGAGGUAAAGCGCUGUUUUCGGGACUUAGCUUCCGCAAAUCUACUACCGUUCUUUUGGAAGCACAACAAUACGAGGAUACUAGUAACACGAAUGUAGCUAGUACAGAACAAGGCACAGCUAGUGAGAGUGAGAAGAGCUGUACGGAUGUGGAGGUAGAGACACUGAGGGAUGAUGAUGGGUCCGAGUUCAAUUCGAAUCGCGUGCUGGAAGACGGCACUGUAAAGCAGGAUAUUGCUCAAGCACUCGCGCCUAUCAUCGCGCCACAAAAGAAGACUGUCCCUGCUUCGUCAACUGCCAACACUUUUACGACUCAAAGUACUACGCAGCCUCCGGUGACAGCAGAUAACAGUAAUGUAGCUGCGGUUGCCAUUUGCGUACGCAAGGCACGUUCGUGCAAGCAGACUGUGAAAGUGGUGCUGUCAUUCAUCUUUCUCGUACUGUUCGCUCCGAUUUACGCGGUAAAGCGUGUGCCGAGAGCGCUGCGAGAGUACUUUUUUCUUGAUCAGUUGUAGUUGCAGUAGUUACAAUAUUAUGAAUUUAAUAUCGGAUCUUUCUUCAUACUCCUUUCGAUCACUCGACAUCAUCCUAUCGAUUACUCGUUCUGCGACAACAUCCUAUUCACGACAAUAUCAUCAGUGCCAAGGAAAUGCUGAUCGCUUACGUGAAGCACCAAGCCGCCAUGUUGAUCGCGCAAUUGAAGGCUGCUAGCGCCAACGCUGAUGCCAAGACGAAGGCUGCUGUCGAUCAAGUUUGUGUCCAGAUUCAGAUGGCCACCGCUCAGAUCGUUGAGUGGAUCAACAAGUACGUUCCCGGUGUCAUCCGAGACGCCGUUGUCGACACUCGCGCCAACGUCUACCACUUUUAAGCCUCACAACAAUUCAUCUUAAGUGGCAUCUUUGCGCGCUUUGUUAAGGGAAGAACACGCCAAAGAUGCACCUGAAGAUGAAUAAUGUAUGUAAGGUCUACUUCUAACACUGGUGCGGCCUCUACUGCACAGCUAUGGACGCUGCAGCUUCGUGCUUCUGGUCAUUCUUUGGAUACAGCGUUCCGAUGUCGGUUUCGAACACAGCUGACAAGAUCGGUGGCGGCUUGACCCAACUGUGCGUCUGCGCAGUGGAAGCGGGAGGCGGAGUGUCUGGCGCAGUCUCUUUGGCACGUACGAAGAUGCUCGAAAAUGCUCAAGACUUGUCUUCUUCCGCGGCAUCCUCUGGCCCAGCGGAUGAGGAGCAGCCUUCUAGCUCGGACGAUGACUGCUCGUCGUGCACAUCUGUGGAGAGCCGAACGCUGGAGGAUGAAUAUGUCAAGAUCGAGAAGCAGCCGUUGCCUUUGGCUUUGAUUGCACCGAACCCGACUUCUGAUGCGACCGUCGAGGUGCAACAAGGGCAGGAAGAUAGCAAGAAGGUGGCUACUUGCGGUAACUGCAAGCGUGUUGGCCCCAUUGUUCCUCGCCUUGCUUUGCCGGACCGUUCGUCUCCAGCUCGUCGCAUGAAGCGCAGCAAAUGCGCACAGCGUGUCGAUCAGCUGCACCAACGCAGCCGCAAACAGCUGAAGGUGAAGUAUGUUCGCAUGCGCCGCCAAGCUCUGCGGCGUUUGCGCCGCGCAACCGGACUUUGCCGCAAGUAUUUGUUGAAGAUCUUCCGUCUGCCGCAAUUGGCUGUGCAAGGCUGCGUCAAGACUACCUCUACUAUGUUGUUCAAGCUCUGCGGCUGCAACGACCAGAUGAAUCACACAUCAUAUUUGAAGAUGGGCGCGCUGUUACGCUCUGCUUCGCCCGCUCGUCUGCAGCAGCGUCUGUCGACCGCAAGCAAGCAGGUGGACACGAUUGCGAACCUGCGUGAGUUGAGCGACACCAUUCGUUUCUCCCUGACCGAUGCUGAGGACCGUCCGAAGAUGACUUCGAACUUGGACAUGUUUGCCGCUCGUCGUGCGAUCAAGACAAAGAACCUCGUUUACUCUGGUCCUCUGUGCGAACCCUCUGUGUGCUGCGCAUCCAUUACGAGCCCUUCUCCGUCUCCGACGUCUUCCGGUAAGCGCGUCUCGGGGGGACAGCACUCGCCAGUCGCUGUAUCCAGCACUCAACUCGGCUCCGACUCCUUGAGUCCGCUCGUCCGCACUUCCUCCUUGGGUCAUCAUCUCCACAGCUCUGCUAAGGGCCGUCGCGGUGCUAGCAACAAGAACGCUUUGGCCCUCGCCUGUUUGCUACUCUUCUGCGCUGUGCAACGUGAACUUCGUAUCUUCUUGGACGACAUCGACAUGUCUGAGCAGGACUACAGCGACAAUAGUAUGCUUUUUUCCCUCUUUGAUUCGGAACAUGGUGAGGCGCAUCAUCCGCAAUGCCCUUUGCGCCGUGACACCUAUCGCGGCACUGCUUCUACCACUUUUACCAUGAACCAGGCUGAGCGGGACCAAGCUGAGAUCAAGCGUGAACGUACUUUUUCUUUAACUCCUUUGCUGUUGUGAUUAUUGCUAGAUCGACAUAAAUUCAGCAUCAACAUGAUUAUAGAAAUAGACCUCUCUUACUCUUUCACAACAAGAAGUACUGCACAACGUUUUAAUCUCCAACUACUCCAACUACAUCCUAUUCAGGUCUCGCCACCUUCCGCAAUUCCGUGUUCGGCUUGCCGAAGUUGUUCGGCCUUCAGUGCCCUGUCGAAGAUGCGGUCGAUUAUCCGGAAUGCACAUCUAAGAACUGGACCUUCAAGGGUUUGCCGAGUUUGAAGCCUGCUGCGGAUCGAGAAGGGUACAGAUACCUAUCCAAGAUUUUCGAUAUUAUAGUCCAUGUUGUUGUUCUAAGUAGACUACCCUGAAACUAUUUGGCAAACUUGUUUCUCACAGCACAAGCACAUGAUCAUCGUGGUAUCGUGUCAUCUCAAUCAUGAACUCCACCAAGCACAUCACAUGAUCAUCGUGGUAUCGUGUCAUCUCAAUCAUGAACUCCACCAACCACAUAAAACCACAGUGCCUUUCUCCGCGAUGAAGAUAUCGAGGACCCUCAUCUGCGUGCCGCUGCCAAGAUGCUGCUCAACCGCUCCAAGCCUCAACGCAGCAUGUUGAGCAAGAGCUUGAUUCGUUUGAUGCGCGAGUUCUUCCGUUCGUCGAAGGUUACAGCUUCUGAGGAUUGUAAAUGGGACAACCAAAACCUGGCCAACGCGUUUAAGGAAUCGAGCACGUUGGAGAAGAGAUUGGAGGUACUGGAUAUUACGACACUCGUCAUUAGUGUGGUGGUCAUAGUGCCUAGAGACUGAGACUCUCAAUACUUCCAUCAUCUCAAAUCGAUAAGAGUAGUUUAUCAUCUACACGAAUUGCAACAACGACUAGAAAACGCAUCUGUUCAUUUUCCCAUGACCACCACAACAGCGUCAGCAGAUGCAGAAGGAGACUCAGCCGACCAUUGUGCGCACGCGCCGCUUUGCUGAGGAUCAACCCUUGAGCUACUUGAUGGCACCGGUCUACAACGUUUCCAAGACGCGUCCGGCGAAGCCUGUUUUUGAUGUCACUGGUGGCUACAGCUAUCCCCCGUUCGCCAGCCUCACCAAAAUGAAUAUGGAGAAAGCGCGUUCCGUUGUCCUGUACAAGAAUCCAGCUUUGUCUGUGCGUGAUUUCGCCAAGUGCUCGGUUAUAGAAGAGAAGUUUUCCUUUCCAGAGCCUCCUCGUCGUGCUAAUGCUCCGAUGAAUCCGAAUAAGACCACGUUUGCAGAGGACAAAUCUUCCGCAGUUGUCACCGGAAUGCAAUUGGAGGUACUUCAUUAUAUGUGAUAAUAUUUUCGUAAUAGAUGAUGAUGGAGAACAAGAAUGUUUGCGUUCAGAAGUUGUACUAGGACAAUUUAAACCUAACACAUAUCUUUUCAAGGUCAAUCUCGAUGAGUACUACCGUCAUGGUGCGCCGCGUGUUCCGCGUCGUCGUCGUCAGGCUGAUGUGCUGUGCUCGAUGGACGGCCUUUGCUCUCGCAACGUCAAGACUACCUUCAAUCGCCAUCCGAUCUUGGCUGUCGUGGAAGAAUUGAACUCUCAUCCUGUAUUGGGGCUUAGUGCUCAGCAAAGGGAUCAGGAGGUAAUACAACUUUUUUUGCAAGUAUGUUGUUUCCAUUAGUACAGAACAGCAGAAGUAGACAUUUUUCAUCAAGACCAAACAAGUGACAACAGUAUGCGAGGACAAACAUCAAUUGCGUAUCUGAAACAAUUGUAUCAGAAUAUUAACACAGGCUCGCGCUCUCCUCAGUGGUUUGAUCGUUCCUUCUCCGCCGAAGCGUGCUGUUGCAUCUCGGGUCGUUUAUGGUCCAGCUCCGAAGCCUCCGACUACGAUCCCGCAGAGUCCAACCGCUGCACUCCUCGCCUACACCGGUGGUCAGGACAACGCUCCAGGUGCUGCAUCUUCUAAGAGUGGUUCUUUUUUGUCGGCUACAACUCGAUCCACCUUUCGCAAGUCUUUCAUCUCUACUACUGCUGGACCUACUACGACAGCUCCUCAUGUACAACAACCUGUUGCUGUUCGCACUACUGUGAAUGUCGAAGAACAGGAUGCUGGAGGCAUGGACGAUGAGAGUGAGCAGUCUACCGAUCAUCAUCAUUUCACUGUGCAGUCGCCUGCGGCUCAGGCUCAGCCGGUUCGUGAACACGCUACGUUGGAGCACUUCCGUCGCACUCUGCGUCGUAUGGAACGCGCCACUAAGCGCAUGAAGGUGUGGAACCAGAAGAUGGCUGCGGCAGGAGGAAACACUAAAUCUAAAAUCUCCUUUGCUGCUGCGAAGGACAACAACGGCACUGCUGCUUUUGCUUCGAUUGUAGCUUCUAGUACGGCGAAUAAGUACAACAUGAUGACCCCAGCUGUUACAACUCGGGUAGUAAUUUCUGGUGCUUCUCGUUCUACGAAGGUCGUAGAAGUGGUUUCCGUGAACAGGAAGAACGAAUCUUCUAUGAUGAACAACAACAUGCCGAAUGCCAGUGACUUGAUGCGCAUCUUCACCACAACUACUCGCACUCUGCCCUCUUGCAACGCCACUGCGCUUCCGUUCUCCUCUGCGGCUAACAACAAGCAGGUUGCUUUGCGUCAUGCAAGUGAGGUCGUUGUCUACAGCAAGAAGAACACCAGAACUUCGUCUUUUUGCUCGGCCAAGAAGCGUGCUGGACGUCGUGGAGCGAAGAAGAACAGCAACACCGUGCUCCAGAUCGCUGGACCUCAGCAAAUGACCACCACCGAUGUCCUUCCAGUUUGCAAAUAUGAUCGCGUUGCUCGUUUGCGUAACGACUUCAUGAUGGUCUCGGUCAAAUCCGCACUUAAGCUCGUCGAAGCGAAAAAGUCUUCCUCCACCUUAAUGACCUCUUUGGCUGGACCUCAGCCAUUGUUGCUGAAAAAGGCCACUCGAGCUGCUGUUGCUGUGUCUGGUGCUGCUUCUUCCACCUCUAUGCGUGUGAUGAAGGGAGCAGGCAAAGGUUCCUCUACGAUCUCUAAUGCUAAUAAGAACAUCAACCAGUACCACAGCAAGAUGAUGUCCAGUACUGCUGGUCCUACCCAUGGACACACGAAGAAGAUCUACUAUCCUACUGCGGCCGCAACGAAGGGAAGCACUCGCAACAGCACUGGUCGCGGCACGACCUUCAAGGAUCGCAGCACGAGUUUGGAGAAGCAGCUGGAGGAAGAACAGGAGUUCAUGGAGUCCAAGUUUAUUGAGCAACAGCAGGAGUUGAAAAAACAGAACAACAUGAUCAAGAACAACUAUGAGGAAGAGUCCUCUAACAUCAACUUCUCCUUCCAAAAGGAACAUCGCUUCUUGCUGAGCAUGUUGGAGCCACGCGAGGCAGAGUUGCUGAUGCCCUUGAGUGGUGCACCAGUUGUGCAGCCGCAGGAGAUCUUGGCACCGGCGCGCAACAUCACGAAGGCGCGCGAGGUGUACGAGCGUGUUGUAGUCCGCUCCCCCGAACUGAUUGUGGUUGGAGAGGAGUUGUAA